AUGCGAUCCAAUGAAGUGGAUGCUAUAGAUUGUCAUUUUCAUUUAGACCGUACGGGGAGCAGAGUACUCAAGAAAUCACACAAGCUAUCACCUGAUGAUCUCCUUACUCAGAUCUUGGAGUUUCGGCAGGUGGUGAGUCCUCUGGUUCCUGUGAGGUUACUGGGAAUGGUCGCCAAUUUUUGUGAUCCAGAUAGCUACCCAACCCUCUUUCCCUCGGAUUCUAGACUCAAGAUAUCCAUUGGUCUCCAUCCGAGGAAAGUACGAGAAUUCUCCCAGAAACUACUUAGCGAUCUGGUUGGAAUUCUAAAUAAUCCAGCAACAGUUGGACUUGGGGAAAUAGGUUUGGACUGGACAGAGCCUAGGAUCACACGGUCUACACAAAUACAGGUGUUUAAGGAUUUGCUUCGGGUUUCUGACACAAACAGGGUGCUUAUUCUCCACCUAAGGGGAGAAACCCCUGCUGACUUUUCCGUGUUCCACACCGGACUGGAAAUCGUUAGUUCCAUUUGUCGGAAAUCCCAGCCUAUCCACCUCCAUUGUUUCAGUGGAGAUUUAUCCGUAGUCGCAUCUUGGGCGACGUCUUUUCCAAAUUGUUAUUAUGGAUUCAAUGCCAGUGUAGCCCAUUUCGGACCUCAGCAGGUAGCGGCGCUCCGGGCGAUUUCGUUAGACCGAAUUCUCUUGGAAACCGAUGCCCCUUAUUCGCCUCCUGUAAAGGGGAUCUCCAAGAGUGUGCAAAUAAUCAACACUCCUGCAUUCGUAGGAGAUGUUGCAAAGUUGGUUUCCGGAGUCCGUGGGGUCUCCUUGGAUCGCUUGCUACAGGCUUCGGUAAAGAAUGCCAAGGAUUUAUACAAAUUCUAA